UUUAGCGGGCUUUUCUAUCACACCUAUCAUAUCGCAGUCUACAAACUCUAUCUCUAUCUUCUGCGCCUUUAGAGUCUCCCUUUCUCACAAUUGAGCUGCUGCACGUACCCAUGGCCUCCAAAAUCUUUGUUAUUAAGAGAGAUGGCCGUAGUGAGACGGUUAUGUUUGACAAGAUUACCUCACGUAUCAGCAAGUUGUGCUACGGCCUGAGCAAGGACUUCAUCGAGCCGGCUGAGAUAACGAUGAAGGUCAUUGCUGGUGUGUACCCUGGUGUCACUACGGUGGAACUGGACACUCUUGCAGCUGAGACGGCUGCCUCCAUGACCACCAAACAUCCCGACUAUGCCAUUCUUGCUGCUAGGAUUGCCGUCUCGAAUCUGCACAAGGAGACAAAGAAGCUGUUCAGUGCUGUCAUGGAGGAUCUCUUCAAUUAUGAGCACCCAGUUACCAAAAAACCCUCACCGAAGAUCUCCAAGGAAACAUAUGACAUCAUAAAGAAAAAUGCAGAUUUUCUCAAUUCGUCCAUCAUCUAUGACCGUGACUUUAACUAUCAGUACUUUGGUUUCAAGACUCUGGAGAGAUCUUAUUUGCUCAGAAUCAACGGGAAAGUGGCCGAGCGUCCCCAGCACAUGCUCAUGAGGGUUGCCGUGGGGAUACACGGAGAAAACUUGGAAUCUGUUGUUGAGACGUACAACCUGAUGUCGGGACGUUGGUUUACCCACGCCUCUCCCACCCUGUUCAACGCAGGGACCUGUCGACCUCAACUUUCCUCUUGUUUCCUCAUCUGCAUGAAGGAUGACAGUAUUGAUGGGAUCUACGACACUCUCAAGACCUGUGCCAACAUCUCCAAGUCUGCCGGUGGGAUUGGCAUUGCUACAAGCUGCAUUCGCGCCUCUGGGAGCUACAUUGCUGGGACAAACGGGACGUCCAAUGGGCUUGUUCCGAUGCUUCGAGUCUACAACAAUACGGCGCGGUAUGUUGAUCAAGGAGGGAACAAGAGACCAGGAGCAUUUGCUGUCUACCUGGAGCCUUGGCACGCUGAUAUCUUUGAUUUCCUGGAACUUAAGAAAAACCACGGAGCAGAAGAGAAGAGGGCGCGUGACCUGUUCUAUGCAAUGUGGGUGCCAGAUUUGUUCAUGGAGAGAGUGAAGCAAGACACUACCUGGUCUCUCAUGUGCCCUCACGAGUGCCCCGGCCUCGCCGACACCUGGGGAGACGAGUUUAAGGCUUUGUACGAGAAAUACGAGAAAGAAGGACGGGCAAGGAAGACGGUCAACGCUCAUCAGCUCUGGUUUGCUAUUCUACAGUCACAGACUGAGACUGGCACUCCGUACAUGCUCUACAAGGAUGCAUGCAACAGGAAGAGCAAUCAGAAGAACCUCGGCACCAUCAAGUGUAGCAACCUGUGCACUGAGAUUAUCGAGUACACCUCACCUGAUGAAGUGGCCGUAUGCAACCUGGCCUCAAUUGCUCUCAAUCGUUUCGUCACUCCUGAGCGGACAUUCGACUUCAAAAAUCUCUUCGAAGUCACCAAAGUUGUCACAAGGAACCUGAAUCGCAUCAUUGACAUCAAUUUCUACCCAGUACCCGAGGCUCGUGUGUCGAAUAUGCGGCAUCGACCCAUUGGCGUUGGUGUUCAGGGUCUUGCCGAUGCUUUCAUCCUGAUGAGAUUCCCGUUUGACAGCCCUGAGGCAAAGCUACUCAACCGACAGGCAUUCGAGACUAUCUACUACGCUGCCCUGACCGCCUCCUGCGAGUUGGCUGAGAGGGACGGGCCGUACGAGACGUACCAAGGUUCCCCUGUGAGCGAGGGUAUACUGCAAUACGACAUGUGGGGAGUCACACCCACUGAUCUGUGGGACUGGGCCGCAAUCAAGGAAAAGAUCUCUCAGCAUGGUAUCCGCAACAGCCUCCUCCUUGCCCCAAUGCCCACUGCAUCCACUGCUCAGAUCUUGGGCAACAACGAGUCAUUUGAACCGUACACAAGCAACAUCUACUCUCGCCGUGUUCUCUCGGGAGAGUUCCAAGUGGUCAACCACCACCUGCUCAAGGACCUAACAGAGAGAGGACUCUGGGAUGAGACCAUGAAGCAGAGGCUCAUCGCAAACAAUGGAUCCAUUCAGAAAAUUGAUGAGAUACCGUCGGACCUCAAGCAGCUGUACAGGACUGUGUGGGAGAUCUCCCAGCGUACGCUCAUCGACAUGGCUGCCGACAGAGGCGCCUAUAUUGACCAGAGUCAGUCCUUCAAUGUACACAUGGCGGAGGCCAACUUUGGCAAGCUGACAAGCAUGCACUUCUAUGCCUGGGAAAAGGGUCUCAAGACUGGCAUGUACUAUCUCCGCACUAAGGCAGCUGCUAAUGCCAUCCAGUUCACCAUCGACCAGACAAUGGUCAACAAGGCUGAGCAGGCAAAGAGUGGAGACUCCUCUCCAGAGAAGAAUGACAAAGAGUACCAGGAGAAGGCAAUGGCUUGCUCAAUACAGAACAGAGAAGCCUGUCUCAUGUGCUCUGCAUGAUCAACUACACUCUCAUCAUGUGACUGAACUUUGAACUCAUUGUGAACCCAUGCAAUACGAUUAUGAUCUAGUGAUAGCUGUUAUUAUAUUUAUGCUACAUUCUGUUUUAAUUUCCACUCCCAGUUUUCGUUGUGUAUACACUGCCGUGUUGUUUCACUUACCAUAAUACGUACAUGUGUAUAUAUCGUAUCAUAAUAUUAUUAUAUACUGUAGAAUAAUAAUUAUGCUCUGCAUGCAUCAUGA